ACAGCAAUAUCACAUUGUAAGUUGUAACCUUUUCUAUCUUCUCCUACCACCAUGGAUUCCAACAUGGAGAGCGCAAGAAUCCCAUCUACGGAGCAGCCACCUCAAGUCCCGUCUCUCGAACCAGAGAAGGCAAAUGGGAAGAAAAGAGGCAUGAGAGCAACAGAGAAUGGAAGGAGGUACCUUGGGGUGAGACAGAGACCUUCAGGGAAAUGGGUAGCUGAAAUCAAGGACUCAUCACAGAAACUGAGGCUGUGGCUUGGCACUUUUGACAGAGCAGAGGAUGCUGCCUUCGCUUAUGACAGUGCAGCAAGGCUUCUGAGAGGAAGGAAUGCAAAGACGAACUUCCAGUAUCAUGGGGUUAGCAAUACCUAUGAAGAGAACUGCGGACUGGUGGGGAAGAAUCCGAGGCUUUAUCAGAUUUUGCAGCUCGCAGCCAUGAAGAACCAUGCCAAAUCCCACUCCACGUCUCUGAGGGGGAACAGAGUUGAGUCUGUUGGUUUUGACACCCUGGUGGAGGAAACUAUAUACUGUUCUUCUUCUGAUCAUGAUCAGGAGGAUACUAGCAAGCUGUGUCAUCUCUCACAAGGGAGCUCUAAGGUUUAUUCUUCUGUUGUUGUAGCUCCUUCUUUUAGUGAUUAAGUGAAUCAAGGAACAGAAGGGGAAGGAGAAGAGAAGAGUUGUCAGGAACAUGAAGUUUGAUGAAUGGUUUGAAUAAGUAUGGUGUAAAUUUUUCACACAGAUCAGGUGAAGGAUUGAAUUUGUGUGAAACAAAACAUUUCUCUUGUAUAAAGCUUGCUUUUUCUUUCAUGGCUCUAGCUUUUGAUAUUCAGUAUCCAAUUUUAGUUUUCAAUUUUUCAUCAUCAUCAUCAUCAUCAAUCAUUGUUGCUUUUACCGAGUUACUUCCACACAUCAUACUAAGUUUGCCUCUUCAAUUCAGCUAAAGGUGUUACCUCUCUAAUCGCCUCUCCAAAGAAUCAGUCCUUGUCAAUGAUGUAGGAAAUACAGUAAAACCCUUAAGGAAUUAGGAUCUGAGAUCUUAAGAUUAUUACAUUGUUUUAUAAAUUAAUUUUUGUCAG